CCUCCAAAACAUCCCUCCCGUCCCCUUCCCUUCUCCUUGGUCAAACCGCCUUUCUCUCUUCUCUAUCCCCCCUUAAAAAAAGUAGCACCCGGAGAACCGAGAGGCUGGGAAUCGAGGGCAGAAAGGAGGGGGCACCUUAAUCUCUUUCCUCUUCCUCUUGCAACAGGGUUCUUUCGGUGUGUUCCUCCCUUUUUUGCGGGGGGAGUUCUUGGUUAGUGGAGUCAGUGGAAACCUACCCUCAUCUGUUUCGGCAAGAUCUUUGUUUCCCUCGUCUGUGGGCUCCGUUCUUGGUUGGGGAAAGAACCAGGGAAACAAAAGAUCAACAAAGGCAAAUUCUUGUCCAAAAUUCAGUAGUUUUUGCAGGAAAGGAAAUUUUCAGGUUGUUGUUAGGUUUUCUCUCUCGAUUGUUUCUUCUCCGUUAUCGAUGGGAGCGAGCAGACACAUGAUCUGUAUCAGGUUCUGACUACCUUGUCGCCCUCUGCUCCAAUCCACCUAUUCGGCUUCGCUUUUAGGAAGAGAAGAGGGAGCAAUCAUCCGGUAUCGGAGGCAUCGCCCACUUGAGCUGAGGAAGAUUUGUUUCAAAGAAGUUGAGGAAGAUUUCUUGCUCACAUGGCUGGCACCAGUGACCGAGGAUCCAUCAUGGAGGACUGGAUGGCCAUGCCCCCAACUCCCAGUCCGAGAACACUCAUGUCAAGCUUCUUGAAUGAAGACUUCAGCUCUGGCCCAUUCUCCAAUUUAUUCAGUGAAAAUGGUAGCAAUAAGCCCCAUGAUCAUUCAGAGAAGAGAGGAGAGUUUGUGGAUUUGAGGGACCAAGUGCCUGCUCAAUCAGCUGAAGCUACACUUCAAAAGGAUAUUUCCUUGGAACCAAACUUGUUCAAUGCUAAUCAGAAACCAAACCCACAUGGCGGUCUGGCAGAGCGCAUGGCUUCCAGAGCUGGUUUCAGCAUUCCGAAGAUAGAUACAUCUCGUGUUGGUUCAUCCACAGUUAUUCGAUCACCCAUAGCAAUUCCACCUGGCCUUAGUCCAACUACUCUUCUUGAGUCGCCGGUUUUUCUUUACAAUUCUAUGGCGCAGCCUUCUCCAACUACUGGGAAAUUGCCCUUUCCGGCUACAAAUGCUAACUCAACAAUACCACCAGCUGCCAGGAUGAAUGAAGAUCAUACAUUCAGUAAUGAUGUUUUUUCCUUCCAACCUCACUUAGGUUCGAAAGCGCCAAGUUUAUCAACAGUGGAAAAGGGUUACAAUGCUUGUCCCUCAAACCAGUCAUUGUCAAAUAUUCAUCAGCGGGAAUCCAAUUUGCAGUCAAGCUUUACUGCAGUCAAGGACACUGCGGAUGAAACAAUUAUUAAACCGAAGACAUCUGACUCCAUGUUCGGUGAUGAUCACUCAUCUUCUGAAGAACAGGAAGAUGAUGAGACAGAUCAAAAUGGAGAAUAUUCUUCUGCCACAAUUAGCACCCCAGAUGAGGAUGGAUAUAACUGGAAAAAAUAUGGACCGAAGCAAGUUAAGAGUACCGAGUAUCCAAGGAGCUACUUUAAAUGCACACACCCAAAUUGCCCUGUCAAGAAAAAAGUGGAGCGUUCUCAGGUUGGUCAGAUAACAGAGAUAAUCUACAAGGGUACUCACAAUCACCCUUUGCCGCCUCUAAACCCCCACUCAGGUGUCCCUUUGUCGCACAUCAGUGAUCCACAAGUCAAUGCCCGGAAGAACCCUGGUUUGCAGGCAGGGCUCGACUCUGCAUCUUUGUGGGAAAAUGGUAGAAGUGGAUGUAUCCAAGAUGUGCAAAGUGAAGGUGUUGAUGCAAGACCUGGUACUCGCCUUCCUGUAUCAGCAUAUGGUGAUACAUCUAUCGUGGAGUCUCAAGAUGCAGUCGAUGUCUCAUCAACACUGUCUAAUGAGGAGAUUGACAGGGCAACACAUGGCACCGUAUCUUUAGACUGUGAUGGCGGUGAAGAUGAGACUGAAUCUAAAAGAAGGAAGCUGGAUGCUUUGGCUACUGCUACUGUUACUGCCGCCGCCGCCACCUCCACCACCAGCACAAUUGACAUGGUGGCUGCGGCAUCUAGAUCUGUCCGGGAGCCUCGUGUUGUUGUUCAGACAACCAGUGAGGUUGACAUCCUUGAUGACGGGUAUCGUUGGCGCAAGUAUGGUCAGAAGGUUGUCAAAGGAAAUCCAAAUCCAAGGAGUUACUACAAAUGCACGCACCCUGGCUGUUCAGUGCGCAAGCACGUGGAAAGAGCAUCGCAUGAUCUGAAAUCUGUGAUCACAACAUAUGAGGGAAAGCACAACCAUGAAGUUCCAGCAGCGAGAAAUAGCGGGCAUGCGAGCUCUGGUUCUGGCAGUGCUCCAGCAUCUAUGCCGCAGGUUAAUCUCUCCCAUCGUCGGCAAGAACAAGCACAAGGCAGCUUUGGUCAGUUUGGUGGUUCAACUCCUUUCGGUUCCUUUGGUCUCCCACCAAGAGGCCAGUUGGGAGCGGCAGGCAAUUUCCGCUUCGGGAUGGUUCCUCCAGGCAUGUCGAUUCCAAUGCCCGCUGCUCAUCAGCAAUCAAUGAUGCAGGGCUACCCAGGGCUCAUGAUGCCAGAAGGACAGCCGAAGACGGAGCCAGGGCCACAAUCAGAACAUGCAGCCUCAUCAGCUUACCAGCAAAUGAUGAGCAGGCCCCCCUUUGGUUCUCAGAUGUAAUUAAAUAGGCAGGAAAGAAAGAAAGAAAAGGUAGAUGUGCUCCAGCUUGAUCUGUAUACAUGGUAGAAUUUGCUACAGGAUAACUUUGUUCUAGUUUUCUCGGUGACUUCAUUUUUCUUCUGAUCAUUUUUUAAGCAAAGAAUGCAUAGAAUAUUUCUCAUAUAUUUCAGUUGUAAUCAGAAAAAGGGGAUAGCUUGACAAUGGGAACUUGAAACAAUUCCGUAGUA